AGCGGGCCAGGGAGGGGGGGAAGAUGCCGCUGGCGCAGCUGGCGGACCCGUGGCAGAAGAUGGCUGUGGAGAGCCCUUCCGACAGCGCUGAGAAUGGACAGCAAAUUAUGGAUGAACCUAUGGGAGAGGAGGAGAUUAAUCCACAAACUGAAGAAGGCAGUAUCAAAGAAAUUGCAAUCACACAUCAUGUGAAGGAAGGACAUGAAAAGGCAGAUCCUUCCCAGUUUGAGCUUUUGAAAGUAUUAGGGCAGGGAUCAUUUGGAAAGGUGUUCUUAGUUAAAAAAAUCUCAGGCUCUGAUGCUAGACAGCUUUAUGCCAUGAAGGUAUUAAAGAAGGCCACACUGAAAGUUCGAGACCGUGUUUGGACAAAAAUGGAGCGUGAUAUCUUGGUAGAAGUCAAUCAUCCUUUCAUUGUCAAAUUGGAUUAUGCUUUUCAAACUGAAGGGAAGUUGUAUCUUAUUUUGGAUUUUCUCAGGGGAGGAGAUUUGUUUACACGUUUAUCCAAAGAGGUGAUGUUCACAGAAGAAGAUGUCAAAUUCUACUUGGUUGAACUUGCACUUGCUUUAGAUCAUCUGCAUAGCCUGGGAAUAAUCUAUAGAGACUUAAAACCAAAAAACAUACUUCUUGAUGAAGAAGGUCACAUCAAGUUAACUGAUUUUGGCCUAAGUAAGGAGUCUAUUGACCAUGAAAAGAAGGCUUAUUCUUUUUGUGGAACUGUGGAAUAUAUGGCUCCAGAAGUAGUCAACCAGAGAGGUCAUACUCAGAGUGCUGACUGGUGGUCUUUCGGUGUGUUGAUGUUUGAAAUGCUCACUGGUACACUACCUUUCCAAGGAAAAGAUCGUAAAGAAACAAUGACUAUGAUUCUUAAAGCCAAACUUGGGAUGCCACAGUUUCUGAGUCCUGAAGCCCAGAGUCUUUUACGAAUGCUUUUCAAACGGAAUCCUGCAAACAGAUUAGGUGCUGGACCAGAUGGAGUUGAAGAAAUUAAAAGACAUUCAUUUUUCUCAACAAUAGACUGGAAUAAACUGUAUAGAAGAGAAAUUCACCCACCUUUUAAGCCUGCAACUGGCAGGCCUGAAGAUACAUUUUACUUUGAUCCUGAGUUUACUGCAAAAACUCCCAAAGAUUCGCCUGGCAUUCCGCCUAGUGCUAAUGCACAUCAGCUUUUUCGGGGGUUUAGUUUUGUUGCUAUUACCUCAGAUGAUGAAAGCCAAGACAUGCAGACAGUUGGUGUGCAUUCAAUUGUUCAGCAAUUACAUAGGAACAGUAUUCAAUUUACUGAUGGAUAUGAAGUGAAAGAAGAUAUUGGUGUUGGCUCAUACUCCGUUUGUAAGAGGUGUAUACAUAAAGCCACAAACAUGGAGUUUGCAGUGAAGAUAAUUGAUAAAAGCAAGAGAGACCCAACAGAAGAGAUUGAAAUUCUUCUUCGCUAUGGACAGCAUCCAAACAUCAUCACUCUAAAGGAUGUGUAUGAUGAUGGAAAAUAUGUGUAUGUAGUAACAGAACUUAUGAAAGGAGGUGAAUUGCUGGAUAAAAUUCUUAGACAGAAGUUUUUCUCAGAGCGAGAGGCCAGUGCUGUCCUGUUUACUAUAACCAAAACUGUUGAGUAUCUUCAUGCACAAGGGGUGGUUCACAGAGACUUGAAACCUAGCAACAUUCUUUAUGUGGAUGAAUCUGGUAAUCCAGAAUCUAUUCGAAUUUGUGAUUUUGGCUUUGCAAAACAGUUGAGAGCAGAAAACGGUCUUCUUAUGACUCCUUGUUAUACCGCAAAUUUUGUUGCACCAGAGGUUUUAAAACGACAAGGUUAUGAUGCUGCCUGUGAUAUAUGGAGUCUUGGUGUCCUCCUUUAUACAAUGCUUACUGGUUACACUCCAUUUGCAAAUGGUCCUGAUGAUACUCCAGAGGAAAUAUUGGCACGAAUAGGUAGUAGAAAAUUCUCACUCAGUGGUGGUUACUGGAAUUCUGUUUCAGAUACAGCAAAGGACCUGGUGUCAAAGAUGCUUCAUGUAGAUCCUCAUCAGAGACUGACUGCUGCUCUUGUGCUCAGACAUCCUUGGAUUGUCCACUGGGACCAACUGCCACAAUACCAACUAAACAGACAGGAUGCACCACAUCUUGUAAAGGGUGCCAUGGCAGCUACAUACUCUGCUUUAAACCGUAAUCAGUCACCAGUUUUGGAACCAGUAGGCCGUUCUACUCUUGCUCAGCGGAGAGGUAUUAAAAAAAUCACCUCAACAGCCCUGUGAAGUAACCUCAGUGAGAUAUUUGGUACCAUGAUGUAAGCUGAUAGCACAAGUUCUGGCGACAGGUAGCACAUACCUGAGAGACAUCCUGCAAGCACACACUGUCCCAGCUGGUACCCAUAAUGCUGCUGCUCCUGCUGCUCCUGCUUUCGUCUCUUCUCGCUUUGAUUGUUAGCAAGUUAGAUUUUC